UGUUUGUUCCAACAGGAUAUGGAAGGAUUAUUGAGUGAGUCAGUGUAUAAUCCUGAUAGUGUGUGUGUAAGCCUGUUUUGAUUCACAUGAGUACAUUAUGCUUCUGUUAUUAUGCACAUGUGAAGCUUAUUAGCAUUGUCUGACACUUUACAACCAAGGAAAAAUAGGCAUACACACACUUCCUUCAGCUGAGAGACACUACCAAAACUACUGCAGAAUGUGUAGUCUGGAUGAGGUGCCAUUUAAAGUUGCUCUGGACUCUGUGGAGAUACAAAUGGGUCAGAAACAGCCGGCCACAGUUCCUGAACUUACGAUCCCUGACUGUGCUCAAAUACUGCGUGAUACAAAGUAUUCAUUCACUCUGGAGAAAAAGAUCCUGGCAGCAUGGGAAGAACAGCAGCGGAAGAACAGGAAAGCCAAAAAAACACCCCAGAGUGUGUGUCCCACCUGCCCGCCAUAUUGGCUGAUGUUCAGCAGCCCGCAGCAGAACCGCAGGGUGUGCCUCAGAAGUGCAGAAUUAUGGGAACUGGGCCCUCGCCCUCGCAGCUUAAGCCUCAGCGCUGCUGACUCGCGUAAGCUCCGCCCACUUCGGGCAGUCCAGUUCCUCAUUGCCGACGAGGAAUUCGAGGGCGGCUACGGUGAAGACAACGAGAGCUCGUCUGAGGAUGAUACUGUUCGAAGCAAAGGAAGACCGAAGAGUUCCGGCCCACAGUGCUCGUGGAUUUCCACCUGUCACACCCAGCGAGACUCCACCCCUCACCCCGCCCCUUCUAGCAUGCCCCACAAGGCCCGGCCAAGCUCCGCCUCCUCUGUAAAGGACAUACGUAGGCCCAUCCCCCCUGGCCUCAACCAGACACCACAAGGCAGCCCUCACAGCUCCAGAGCCCCCCGCAGGAAACCCACUGUAACGAGAACCAGCGGGCGACGAAACUCACACUCCCUCCUACAGCAGAGACCCUCGUCCGCAGGACCACUGCCCUCCGCCAGGCCUCAGAAAACAUCUUCACAUGGUGUGCGUCCACGGACGUCCGCAGGGCUACAGGAUGCUGCAGCAGAUCUGCUGUGUGCUUUGAGUCAGGAGGAAAGAGAUCUUCUUGAAGCUGUUACACAACACGGAUACACACUGCACACUGCCAUACUAGCACUGCAGAGGACAGGGCCCAAGAAUCCUGAUCAGAUUUUGAGUUACCUGAUGUCAUGUGACCGUCUCUGUCGACUGGGUUUUGAGAAGACUCAGGUGGAAGAAGCUUUGGAGAUGUUCCAGAACUGUGAGACCAAGGCUUCAGAGUUCCUGUUUCUGCUAGCUCAGUUCUGUGAGAUGGGUUUCCAGCAGAGCACCAUCAAAGAAGUUCUACUGGUGCAUGAGAACCAUAAAGAGAGAGCCCUGGAGGAGCUUAUGACCCGCAGUGGCUGAGAACACACAAUAAUCCACUGCUAUAUGAUCAUAUGAAUCAGUCUUCAUCUCUAUUAAUGCAUUAAUGAAUCUUUAUCUACAGCUCCAUAAAUGUAUAAAUACUAACAAAUCCUUCAGAAUGA